UCAUGUAGACAGAAAUCACGAGAUGCGAAAGAGCUCUGACAAGUAUGAUUGAGUUCAAGACCGAAGAUGAGAUUCUGACAAAACGGGACAGACUGAACCGUAAUGGAACAUAACUGCCAAUGUUAACUGUUAAUACAUGAACUCCAGUAUACACAUACCGGUAAGCAGUUUAAUCAGAAUCUGAGAGAUCACACUUCCAAGACAAUGGCGAUAUGUUUACUCUGGAAACCUUUUAACCUACCGGUACUAGUACUCUUGAUUGUUUUUAUUGUGCCGAGUCUAGCAGUAACAGACUGCAAAUAUGGGCAGUACUGGGACACCUCUUACGAAGCGUGUCAGAAUUGUUCUCCCUGCGAUAAAGAUGUCAUUCUGGGCACAAGCCAGGACUAUUCCCCCAUGUAUGAUUGCAAGAAGCACAAAUCCCUUUGCCCUAACUGGUGCUCAGUGCAGUCGGCGUCAAGAUCUAACGAAGGAAGCGACGCGUGCCCGCCGACCACCCCCUCUCCUCCAGUUCCCCAAGUAAACGUUACAAUCACGGAACCAUGGUACAAUUUGACUGCCAACGCCUACACUGUGUCGUGCUCCGCGUCCUUCCGCGACAUGGACAUCCCUACGCUGAAGUGGUACGGUCCAUCAGGGCAACUUCUUGCAUCCACCGAUACAUCGGGCAAAUGGGAGGUGACUGAGGGAGGGGUGACCGGGGAACUCGUGACCCAAGGGGUCGUGACCCAGGGGGUCGUGUCAAGAACUCUCCUUAUGAAGGACUUCCAGGAGGGGGAUGCAGGGAACUACAUGUGUGAAGCUCAAGGGGAGCGGAGUGACAACCGGACGAUUCUCCUAAAAUAUGUGGAGCCACCUUUGAUUACAAGCACCUCGUCUCCAACCACUCAACCAAGUCAGCCGUCAAUCGAGCCCAAACCAACCGCUGGUAAAUCCAACACGUCAAAAGAAGGUGGACUUUCUACACUAUCAUUUAUAGGUAUUGCAGUUGGAGUUUUAGCUGGAGUUGUCCUAUGUGGGCUUUGUGCAUUCCUGAUUUCGAAACGAAGACAUACACGUAGGAGCACAGUGACUGGAGCGGACACUGAAGCACAUCUAUUGACUGGUUACAGUAUAAACAAGGAUAGGCUCAUCUUGGAGACGUCUGAUUUCAAAAGUGCUACGGUCAAGGGGAUCCAGGCCUGUCUAGACCAAUCUAAUUGUGAGGCUGUCAUCAUCAAGAAAAACAAGAAAAAAAUUGGAAUAGUGCGUACCGGUAGUAAUCAAGAUGCAUUCUUCAUCGAAACAUUAGCUUGGAAUGACAGCAUUGGAGUUUGGAUGGAAUAUCGUCACAAAAAUAUAUUUCUUCUGUCUUGGAUGAAGUGUUUUCAACGAGACAAUGAACUGUUAAAGACAUUGAAGAUGAAGUGUCUGAAGAUAGGAAACGUUGCAGAGACAUCUGCUCAUAUCUCCUGCCCAUCCAUUGAGAACACUUUCUACAUGCAUUUUGAAGAAAAGAAUGUUCCUGGUGGCAGCUCAAGCGCUGGAGCAGUGGAGCUCAUGUGUGACGGCAGCAGGGAGAUCUCUGACCUUCGACCUAGCGUGACCUAUAGCGUGCAGCUUGGUAUCAAGGGUCAAACCGGGGAUUCCGGAGGUUACAACUGGGUUUGGAAGGAGGAGUUCACCACGAGAAGUAUAACGGUGCAGUCAGUGACACCCAACGACACAUCGGCUAAAGUUACUUUGAACGAGCAUUCAAUCCCAGAACUCUAUUACGAGAUCAACCAGGCAAAACUGAAGCCAAUGACGAGUGCUGAGAUUUUGAUCCCUUCCCUAAUCCCCGGAAUGGAGCAGGUUUUACAGAUCAAGGUCAAGGAGAAUGUUGGAGGCACCACGGCUUACAGACUUCUUCAAGAAAAGUCUUUCAAGACAUCAGGGUCCGUGGAUGGUGGAGGAGACUACAGGGGAUAUGCAACCACAGAUGGUCCUAUUUCAGAACCUGAAGAAGAGCCUGGUCCAUCUCACCCACGAAGGAAGAAACCAUCAAGAACAAAUGUGCCAACAAAGUGUGGCACCGGACUGCUCGAAGCGAUCCACACUCUGCGUCAUAGUGAAAAAUUCAAACAGGUGUACUAUCAUACCCCGCAGUGUGUUUUGGAGGCUGUGUUGGAUUGUCUUCGGGAGUUCUUAAAAGUUCACAAGAAAAUUAUUCCCAAAGUCAAAUAUGUGGCAAAGGGAAAGCAGAGGGGAAUGGAAGCUAUAGAAGGCUUCAUAACACAUUACGAUAUGCAAGAUUACACAGGAAUCUUUGACUUGCUAAAAAGAUUUAUCUGCUAUGACAAGGUUCACACGCAGGCUGGUGUGUUCUUUGCUGAGCAGCUUUUGGAAGCUCAUUGUAUUGACCUUAGAACCUGUCAUGUAUGUAAGCAUGCUGUGUUUCUAUUGAGACGGCGUGUAGAGAGACAGUCGUCAGUCGACAGUCAGUCGACAGUAUGCUGACUGCAUAUGUAUAUAUGUACAUGAGCAACACAAUCUACAGUCAUGCACAUGUAUGCAUAAGACGUCCUGUGUUCUUUUCUAAAUACCUUAACUUUCAGUGUCUUUACAAGAUGGAAAAUGCAACCCAAUAUUUUCUAAAUUGACAACUAUUGCUUACAUAAGAAACCAGUGCGGAUUUCCAUUAUUUCACAUAAAUUUGAUAAUAAAAGUGAAGGUUUCACACCAAGUUCUUAAUUGUCCAGAUUUGGUGGACUUUAUGUAAGAAAUAAUUUGUACUUGCAUAUUGAUUUUAAGCCAAAAGAGAGCACUGAAAUGCUCUGAUGAAAAUUUGCUUCUCUGCUUAACGUUUGCAUUGGCAAUAACUCGUAAGGAAAAAAAUUCUUGCAGAUUCGUUUCUACAUUCUGUUUGCUUUGGAAAAAGGAGACCAACUGUUGUAUUCUACAUAGGCAUUAGACACAUAUAUCAGUAUAUGGGAAUUUUAUUACCAGUUGGAAUAUAUUGCUGCAUACUGCCUAUUAGUUGUAAUAAGUAAAUGUACCGGUAUGUGAUUAGUAUGAUCAUUUGACGUUUGUAUAGCUAAUUCUAUACAUCAUUCAUAUAUUCUAGUUCAUUGAUUGGUUGUCAGUGUGUCACAUGAUCAAAAAUAUACACACUAUUUUGCCAAAAGUACUAUUUACGGCUAGCAAAAAUUAACACAGUACUGCCAAAUUUGCAAACUUUUCAUACUUGCGAAAGGGUUUUGGGUUUUCACAAGAAAAAUUUGCAAUAUAAUUGCACCCAAGUGAUGUAGUGUCAGAUGUCUAAUGUCUAAUUCAGGGCAAUACGACUUGUCAUAUAUUGUAUUACCAUAUUAAAAGCAGUCAAUAUUACUUAAUUAUUUACUGCAUGCUCACUGUCAGGCCGGCUUUACAUGACUGUAAAACAUGUACAAUUUGUAGUUCAUCUCAUUAGAAAUGCUCAGUAUUACAAUGUUUAACGCCAUCCAAAGUGUUUGCCCCAUCCCUCAUGUCUGGUAUCCCUUUUCACUUAAAUUUGUAUCAACUCCUGUAUACAUGUUACUCUUUAUAUAGCCCAUUAUAUGUAAACCACUACCAUGCAUGCAUGCUUUUCUGCACAAAAAUGGGCACCAGUUGAAUGAAGAAUUGCUUUGUGCAACACAAUGACUUUUCUAACUAAAUCAUCGGUCACAAAUGCCAUUACGAACGCCGUACGAAUGAUUUUCAGACCAUGGGCAUUCGGGAAGACCUUUGUGACCGGAGCAAUAGCCAUUUCUGGUCUUUAUUAGCUUUUGAACACAGAUAUAUACAUAUAUUUAUCAAUUUCAUGCUGGAAACUUUUUCAUAUACAUGUAUCUAUCUUAUGAUGAUAAAGAUUGUAUGCCACAGGGAGAUUAUUUUUGUAGCAUAUGAACUUAUGAACUGAUAAAUGAUAUUUUGAGUGUGUGCAUUACUCUGUCUUUCUAUGAGCUUUUUCCAUGCCCAAAGAUGGAUAUGAUGCAAUUUUUUCGGAUGAAACAUGGUAGCCUCAAUGGAUGAUGCCUUUUGUUGAGUUCCAACACAAGUUGUUAAUUGAUAAUUUGAAGAAAAUACAUGAAUUGUUGUUGCAUGAGGGAAUCAACAAUGGCAUGAGUAGCAUUCAUAUACUUAACAGACCUUUGUUUGUUUGUUUUGUUAUAUGCCAUUGUUUAUAUAUUUGAUUUAAAACUAAUCAAAUUGGGUGUGUGAAAAUGACGUGGAUGAGGGCAUUAUAUUGAUGAAUGGCCAAAGAAAAUACACAGCCACAAAACAUGAGUUUAUACAUGUACAUUAUUAGUGUUGCUACUUGCAUUGUAUUCUUGUGAUCCUGUAUACCUGAAGGAAUUAUCAACCAUAUAUGAAGAGCUUAAUUCCAAAAGGAGCUAAAUCCACUUUUUAUGAAAAUUGAGUUAUUGAUAUCAGAACAUUGUUCACUCAAGUACCCGUCUUUCAACAAAAUUAUUUACCUAAAUUUUUGAGAGCAAUUAUGAAAAAAUGCACCUUCUUAGACGCCUGUACAUAAAUCUGGUAAACUAUUUCUUUUUUCUCUGAAGUUACAAAAAUGGAUUUACAUGUAGCUCCUUUUGGAAUUAAACUUCAUAUGGAGACUUUGAUUUCGAGUGAACACAAAAUCAUACUACAUAAUUUAUCCUCAAAGGAGCUUGUGAUUUCCCUUUUUUUAAGGCUUACUUCCGAUCAUCAGGUCAUUGCGUCUGGUCGGGUGGUCGCGUUACACGACCGUUUGAGAAAAGAACACUGAAGAUAAAGCGAACUUCGUAGAUUUGCCGUAGGGUUUCACAAACUGUCAGGUAAAUUCAGAACCAGACCAUUUGUAGAUGAGAGGGGUUAAUUUCUCAAACAUCCCUGACAUUUCAUGAAUGGAGGGGGCAUGUUUUCACAGAAGUUUGGGUAAAGUGACCACCCGACCCGACGCAUUGACCCGAUGAUUUGGAGUCGGCCAUUUUUAAUGAUAUUGACUCUGCCAACUUCUGUGAAGAAGUCUUCAUACAUUCAAAUCAGUACUGACAAAAAAAUGGUUGAUGGAUAGGUGAAUAGAUGAAUUGAUGAAGAAAUGAAUGAAUAAAUACAUGAAUUUAUAGACAGGUAGAUAGAUAGAUGAAUAAAUUAUUAAAUGAAUGAAGAAAUACAUGAAUAUAUAGACAGGUAGAUAGAUAGAUGAAUAAAUAACUAAAUAGAUGAUUGAAUAAACAAAAAGAAGCUAUACAUUCAACUGAGGUGAAAAGUCGUAAUUACAAUUGAGGGCAUUUAUAUUUAUAGAUGAUGCUUCUAGGCUGGGUAUAGGUUUAGUUAGGAUGUCUAUGCCUGACCGUACAUUGUUCCUGAGCAUUUAUGUAAAUGUGUUUAUUAUUUUUUGAUAGGCACUAUUUUGUAUCGGUGUAAUGUGAAUUUGGACAUGUAUCGGCUUGCACCAAAUGUACAGCUUUAAUAUAGUGAUAUGCUAUACCAAGUUGCUACUAUACUGCAGUAUUCAUACUCCUUGUAAAAAUUUGAUGUUGUUUGUGUGUUCCGUAACUCAAGAAUGAAAGGUGGACAGGUUGAGUUAGGGCCUUUGUUGAAUACUUUUAGAUGUAAACUUUAGUAUGUCACUUUCUCAAGAAACAAAUUAAUUUGUUAUCAAAGAAAUUUAUUCAGCAAUGAAUUAUUUGUCAUUUAUUCAAUUCCAAAUUUGAUCAACAGUACCUUUCUACCCUGUAGUUAUGAUUAACCACUGCCAAAUUGUUUUAAUUAAAUCUGUUUAAUUAAGGCUGAUCAGAUAAAUUGAACAGCUAUAAGAGUCAAUUAUUAUUAUUAUUAUCAUUAUAUGAUGCCAUUAUCUUUUUCUAUUGAAUUUGUACUUGCAUGUCAAGAUUUUCUAUUGUAUCCUUUCAUUUUGUUUUGUAGGAAUGGAAUGUGGUUUUAAUGGGGCAAAAAUAUUUCUUUAACUGCUGGGAAAAGAAAAUUUAUUUUGGAAAGUUUGUGGCAAUGUGACUCUUAAGCAUUUUUGUUUUGUUUUUUUUUUGUUCUGAGUGCAUUUUGAAAAUGCUUUUGUGUCAAAGUAUCAAGUAACCUGCAAAUUUGUCCUUAGAAAAUGUUUCACCCCAUGUUUUUGUUUUCUUCCCCUAAACAGUUUGCAGUCAAUGAUAUGCUAUUUUGUUUCAGCUGUUCGCGGCUCCUACCAAAAGAAGUUGGAUUAUAUUUUUCAACAUGAUCGAGUCACAAUGCUUGCUUGUAAGUUUCAAUUCUGAAAUAAAUUAAGUUUGCAGUCGAUGAUAAUUAUGCUAUUUUGUAACGGCUGUUUGCGGCUCCUACGUGAAGAAGUUGAUUAUAUUUUUUACAUGAUCGAGUCACAAUGCUUGCUUAAAAGUUUCAAUUCUGAAAUAAAAAUUUUUGUAUGUCUGUUGAUAAUUGUAAGUCUAGCUGUCUCAGAUUCAAUCUGAUUUGAUCAAAUCAAGUGUCAUGAGAGCUCAUGGUAUUGAAUGUUCCUACUUGCCUUUGUAUGCAUUUUAAAAUGCAAUUUAUUGUGAUUUUUUUUUUUUUUAAAUGUAUUGUUAAUUAAUUUUUGUGUUUUAAACAUCGGGACAAAUUUCUAACCAUUCCAACUAAUAGACAAUCAUUGAUAUAAUGCCCUGCUUAGACCGUUUCUUCCCUAUCAUGUUCUAAUUAGAUUCAUAUCCUAAAAUAUUAUCAUCAUGAUAAUAUUUGAUUUCAUACAAUAUUUCUUUCUACAGUAUGGUAAAGCAAAUGUGUGAUCUCUUUUUAGAGUAGUGAAAACUUAUAUUGUCAAUACUUUGGCAUAGACUUGAUGUUUUUUUUUCUACCAGAGUGUUUUAGAACUGGUGUCGAGAAGCAGUUACACUUAUCAGACACUGGGUGAUUUCAAACACGGUGUUGGUGUUUGGUGUAAAACGUUGAGGAGGCAUCCAUUGAGACCAUCUUACAUUGCUACGUUCUGUAAUAGUGUUUAUUUCCGGCAAAACCAUAAUAGAACAUCAAGCAUGAAAUCACCCAGUUUAUACAUUGUCAAUUAAUACAAUUUCUGCUGUCAUUUAUGUUUAAAUAGACAACAUAAAGUGUUGCAGCGGCAUGACUAAGUAAUCUACCUGCACCUUCCAUUCCCCCCCCCCCUUCCAUCUCCACCCCUUUUGUAUAAAAUAAUCGUAGCCACUUCUGCAUCUGAAAAUAAACACAAGGUAUGGGAAGUCGUUUUUAAAUCAGAUUUAUGUAUUAUUGUUGCACUUUUUUCAUUGGUUAAAGUCAAGUGGAUAUUGCUAUUUGUCCCUUGGGAUCAUGGCUCAUACCGGCCGAGAAUUUUUUAUGGUGAAACAAAGAAAGCUACGAGAAAAAAAACAAUGAAUUAUUCAGAUUAGGUUUUUGGUUCACCAGCUUCCCAGAGUUCCCCUAUUCACCCUUUCCAUCUAUUUGUUUGUUGCCACUGAAUUUUGUGUCCAUGUAUACAUGAUGAAUCUAAUGCUGAUAUUGAAUUGUAGAUAGGUUAAAUAAAUAUAUAUAGAGAGAUAUAUAUAUAUGUAUAUAUUGGUACACUAUUAUAAUCGGUUCAGAACGACGGAAUGUAUGAGCUAAGCCCUUCUGGCUGCAAACAGACGUUAUCUUCUUCCAUUAAAUUUUUUAUAUGAUACAAUUAAUUUUAAAACGAGAA